AUGUCAACACCCCGUACGCCAUUGCCGACGCACGCCACAUGGGGCGCUCCAAAUCCAUCCUCGUCACCUUCGUCGGCACUGCCACCCUUCCCAGUGCCAUCGCCUUCAACUGCGGGAUCUAACACUGCCACCCGUUCCGCCCGAAAGCCGAGGUCUGCACUAACUGCUGGGCUCCUGGCCACCGCGCGGACGUCUGCACCAAGCCCAAGUCCGCCCUUUGUCACCGCUGCGGCCAGGCUCACUAGGCACUCGAGCCCCCUACCUGCGUCCCCUGCUGCAUCCUGUUCAAGGGAACCGUGCAAGCUUCGGUUCGACCGGAACGGCCCGUCGUCACCUCCGGCCACGUCUAAGCCCCAGCCUUCCCCACCAGCACCACCCACCGGGCCCAACCUCACGACCUCCCGGCUUUCCCGCCCCCGCCGCCGCUCUGCCUCCCGUGGUGCCCGGUCUGCCAGCCGCCACCGCUCCGUCUCCUUCCCGCCUCUGCCCAGAUCCGAUGCGUCCAACGCCCCCACCACCACAUCACCGGUUAGCUGGAAAUCGCAGCCUCACAAGUCGGACCCCCAAACCGCGGCCCUCGGGGCCACUAUCGCUGCCGAGCAGCUUCAAAUUCAGGAGCUGUCGCGCCAGUUGCAGGCGCGCUAG